AUCUCUAGUUGCCUGGAGGCUGACUCAACUGAAAUCAUGGCGUUUGACGGCACUUGGAAGGUAGACCGGAGUGAAAACUAUGACAAGUUCAUGGAAAAAAUGGGUGUUAAUAUAGUGAAAAGGAAGCUUGCAGCUCAUGACAAUUUGAAGCUGACAAUUACACAAGAAGGAAAUAAAUUCACAGUCAAAGAAUCAAGCAUUUUUCGAAACACUGAAGUUGUUUUUGAACUUGGUGUCACCUUUAAUUACAACCUAGCAGACGGAACUGAACUCAGGGGGACCUGGAGCCUUGAGGGAAAUAAACUUAUUGGAAAAUUCAAACGGACAGACAAUGGAAAUGAACUGAAUACUGUCCGAGAAAUUAUAGGUGAUGAACUAGUCCAGACUUACGUAUAUGAAGGAGUAGAAGCCAAAAGGAUCUUUAAAAAGGAUUGAGCAUUAUUCUUGGAGCACAGCCCAAAAUACAAAUUGGACAGAAGAUCUAUAUUGUACCAGAACUGUUUCUUUCACCCCAACAAGUAUAAGGUUACUGACUGAUUGGUACUUUUAUAAACAUUGGCAUAUUUCCAUUCAUGCCAAAGCAAAAGAAGUAAAAGCUAAUUAGGAUUUAAUUUGUUUUAUAUUCUCUAAGAUAUAUAUUUACUAAAAGAAUUUGUGACAUUUUAAAAAACAAAAAUAAAUAUUGUGUCCAUGUUGCUUUAUAUGUAGCCUUGCCUUUUAAAAGAAAAAGUAUGUGAAUAUGAAUUGACAGAUUGUUUUGGUAGAGAGAGGGUCUUACUCUUUCACUCAGGCUGGAAUGUAGUGGAGAGAUCAUAGCUCACUGUAACCUCAAACUCCUGGACUCACGCAAUCUUCCUGCCUCAGCCUUCUGAGUAGCUAGGACUAUGGGUACAUUCCACCAUGCCCAGCUAAUUUUUGUUUCGUUUUCUUUUUAUUUUUUUUUUAGAGAUGGGGUCUUGCUAUAUUGCCCAGGCUGGUCUUGAACCCCUGGCCUCAAGCAAUCCUCCUGCCUCAGCCUCUCAAGUUGUUUUCUUUUUCUUUACAUUUGAUAAACUAAAAGCAUAGGCUGCAUAUGAGUCUUUAACAUCUUGCACUGGUUGUGAAUAAUUUUCUGGCACUGGUUGUAAGUAAUAUCUAUUAUUAUAAAAAUAAUAUCUGCUCAACCAGAAAACUUAGAAAUAAGAAACACAAAUGUAAAAUAAGUAUUUCCAUAACUCAUAAUCCAGAGAUAAUUGCCAUUCUGAUUUUGAUAGAUAUCCUCCCAGCCCUCUUCCCUAGGGGUAGAUAUUUCCCAAUACAUACCACUUUGAAUAGGAUGAUAGGAAAUAAAUGAUGUACUAUGUUAAAUUAAAUUAUUGUAUUACAUUUUUGUACACAUCAGUCUUUCCCAGGCUUGGCUGAAAAUCAGGAUCAUCUGAGAAACUUAAACAAUUUCUGCAUUCUUAAUCUCCACUGUUAUUCUAUUAUAUCAGAAUUGCUAAUAGAACCAAGAAUUCUAGAAAAUUUCCUGGUGAUUCUGAUGCAGCCUGAUCACUAACUUGUCUCUGAGAACAAUGGAGAUAUCAGUUAUCAAUGUUAUUUUUAACCACCCCCUUCUUUUUUGUUGUUGUGGGUUUUUUCACAUAAACACACACAUUGCCAAUUUUCCCAGGGCUCAAAAAGUUUCCUUUUAUUCAUAUUUUCACAUGACGUAAAAUUGUAUGUGCUUCACGUAAUUGUAUUUUAGCAGGGUAUAUAUUAGGGGAUGGAGAGAGGGGUCAAAUUUUUAAGCAUUUGCAGCUGCAACUCUAUAGACUUUUGACAAAUUCUUUUUCACACUGAUGUAGAUAACAGCUUAACAUUUACAUAGUUCUUACUACUUGCCACAUACUGUUCUAAGUGGUAUAAACAUAUGACAUAUACAUUAAAAUGCAGGAAGAAAAAUGUUUGAGUACCUGAUGAAAAUGAAUAGAUUAGAGAGUACGUAAUCUUUGAAAGUUGAAUACUGCAUGUUCUCACUUAUAAGUGGGAGCUAAAUAAUGUAUACACAUGGACACACCAGAGUGUAGAAUAAUAGACACUGGAGACUUGGAAGAGUUGGAGGGUUGGCGGGGAGCAAUGAUAAUUUACCUAAUGGGUACAAUGUACAUUAUUCAGGGGGUGAUGGUUACAGCCCAGACUUUACCACUAUGCAAUAUAUCCAUGUAACAAAACUAUACUUGUACUCCUUAAAUUUAUACAAAAAUACCUUAAAUCUAUGUUCAUUUUAUAAUUUCAUAAAAAUCUUCACAUAGGAAAUAGUAAUUAUUUAGAUUUUCACAUGCUUCUCUUCAUAAAAGCUCAAGGUACUUUUAUCCCUCUAAUCUUAUGUGUCUACCAUAUAUGAAUCAGGAAAAGGUAGGUAUUAAUCUCAAUACAAAAACUGAGAGAGACAAAGGCACAAAGAAGUUUAUUAGCUUGUCUAAUAUUGUACAGUCCAUGAUGAACGGAAGAAUUAAAUGUAGGUCUUGACUUUCAGCCUAGAUCAUUAUGAUCUAUGCUAUUACUCAGCCUGUUAUAAACAAAAAUAUAUUAAGAAAAAAAAUGUCCUUAAUUCCUCAGUGGCACCCAAGAAUACACUCUAAAUGAGUCAGGUCAGACUGCAAAAUAAUGGUGUUCAGUGAUUAGACACUUAUCUAUUUCUAGUCUUAUUGCAGGCUGACUUUUUUCACCAUUUAUAUCCUUUCUAGAAUUAAAUUUCCACUAUUUAUUAGUAUUGGAGAGCAGCCUAUUAUUUGUUAAGUGACUUCCAUUUCAACAACCCUUUUUCGGGAAAACUAACCUUGUCAUUACACCACCCUGCUUGGCCAAAAGAGGGUCCCUGACCCAACAGCAGCCAAUCUACCACAAUUUGGCCAGAUGAUGAGCUCUGUGUAGAAGGAAAAAUGACAACUAACUGAACCUGCAAGCUCUGUGUAGAAGGAAAAAUGACAACUAACUGAACCUGCAAAAACCUCUUUUUAGGGAGUUUGAAUUUGAGAAGUACACAGUUAGUAGUUGAUAGCAAGGAAAAAGGCUUAAGGAGGACAAAUAGAGCAGACAAUAAGUAGAAGUCAUGAGUACCUGAUACUACGAACAAGCAGAAACCAUAAGGUAGAUAGCAGAAUGUCGGGGCAGUCAGAAGCAGUUGGAGUAGUAGAAGCUGAAAUAUUUACACAUGCAAUAUGGUAUCUGGGAUUUGCUUCAAAUUGCUUUCUCCCCAAUCUAGGGUUGGGGAGGUAGAUUGAUACAAGUUGGCAAUUCUUGAAGCUGUUGCAAAGUGCCUGACACAUAAUAAAAUAUGAUAGGUUCACUGAAUAGGAACAUAGGAAUUCAUUAAACUCAUCUCUGUACUUUUGUAAGUAUUUGAGAUUUUCCAUAACAAGAAGUUAAAAAUAUAGUAUUUACAUACACAUAUAACUCCAGAAUCCAGCCACUUCCCAUCACUUCCACUGCUAUCACCUUAGUAUGAGCCACCAUUAUCUUUUUCCUGAAUUACUGUUAUAACUCUCUAAAAAGCCUACAAACUUCUACCUUCCCUACUCCACCCCUUUAGUCUCUUUUUCUACACAGCAGCCAGAAGGAUCCUUUAAAAAUCUAAAUCUGAUCACAUCACUUAUCUGCUCAAACUGCUGCAAUGGCUCCCAUUUUCACUCAGAGGAAAAAGCCAAUGUUCUUACAAUGACCUGUAAGACCCUAUAUGAUCAGAUGCCCUGUUACCUCUCCAACACGUGGUCCUGUUUUUCAUGAAAUAUCUGGGGGAAGAGUGUUUCAAGCAGAGGAAACACCCUGGAGCAAAGACAUCAAGGCAGUAGCAAACCUGGUAAAUUUGAAGAACAUAGCCUGGAAAGAGACCCCAAGAUCACCCAAAGCUGACCAAAAACAAGACCAAUGUUCAGGAAAUACAGGCUGACUCAGCUUUCCUAAAAUUUAGGAAUGAUGUGGUGAAAGAGAACGGGUUUUAGAAUCACAGACUUGCCC